AUGGGUAAUGAUGGAGGAAGUAUUGCAGGAAGAGCAGAAUUGGUUAAAUUAAAGAAACCAGAGAAAAGAGUCGAGAGCCUUUUAGUUGCAAAAGUAUGAUUUCUUUGUGAUUAUAGUAAAGAGCUUAAUUUUGUUCAUUGACCAAAGAAAGAUUAAGAAAACCAAUUGCUUGUUGUAGAGUUGGAUAUCUCUACAACUAUGAUUCCUUACUAAAGGCUUUCAUGGAAAAGAAAAUUCCCUCAGAACUAAAGCAUUUAUAAAAUGUAUAUUUUCAAACCUAUCAUAGAUGAAAAAAAUAAAAAAAUUGAAUAUUACAGAAAAUCCAGAUAAAAAUAAUGAGUUCCCUUUUGUUUGUCUAAUUAGUUAAAAGGCAUUAAAUGGAAAAGAAAAGUAUUUAAUGAUCUUUAAAUAGAUUCUAAGCAUUAUGGACCUGUGGAUGCGUUUUUAAUGAGAAAUUAAUAAAAGAUCUAAAAAUCAAAGAGUUCAAAUGUCCAAUCUGCGAGCAACCAUACACAGAAAAAGAUAUAGUUUAGUAAUUUUCUAAUUGCUAUUGUAGAUUAUGCCCAACUAACGAGGAAGCAGAAAUUAGAAAAGCAUAAUUGUACUAAGAAAUCGAAUAAAAAGAAAAAUAAAAAGUAGAUCAAAAACAAUAAUGUAAAGUGGUUGAUACAGCUGAAGAUCUAGAAUAGUAAUAAAAAAAAAAAGUAUGUACAGAAGAGCGCAAGUUAAUGAAACAGGCAUUAGGCAACAACAAACUCUAAAAUCUUCAAAACUAAAGCCAGGAUUUAAAAAAGAACGAGAGUAACAAUCAUUUUUAAUUUAGUUUAUUAAUCCCUAUUCCACCAAUAACAUAAACUUGAAGAUAAUCUAUUUACUCGAAAUGUGAGAUUUGGCAAUAGAUGA